GCGCGUUUAUGUCUUCUUUGUCUGAAUAGUUGUCUUAGAAAUGGUGAGCAAUUGAGAGGAUUCUCAAUAGUAACUGGUUGGUUUAUUUAUUGAUCUUUGCAGGUGGAAAUGGAGAAUGAAGCAGCGGAUCAUCUUCCCGAAGUAGAUUCAAUGCCUGAUGGGUUUGUCGAUGGAUCUUCAGUUGAGCCAUUGUCGCGUCCGAAAACCACCGAAAAAGAGAAUCUAUUACCAGACUAUGUAGAAGAGAAAGCAGCAGAAGUUGCUGAUUAUAAGGAAGAGAAAUUGGUGGAGCCUGAGUUGGAAUCCGAUUUAGCUGCAAACAGAAUUAAUCUGCGUGCCAGAACCUGUGAAAAGAAUGAGCAUUUGAGAACUUUUCCAGUUCCAUUAUGUGAAAGUGAUGGUUCUGAUCAGUUAACACUCACGGUAGGAAAUGAAGCUUGUUCUGAAGUGGGAAACAGCAUGUUGGUUGUACCAGAUAUAGCUAAUUCUGUACCAGGUGAUGAAGGCGAGGUUUCAAAUCAUUUGCUGUCUGAAACACCUUGUGGAGAAGCUCUGAGUAAAGAAAAUAUAGGAAAUGCAGAGGGAUUGACUCAAGCUACAAUUGAACAGAAUAUAUCAUGCAUUAAUGCUGAAAUCAGAAAGAAAGCAGACUCGGAAUUCAAACGUAAAAACUCAAAGCGUAGUUUGAAGUCUGAAAGAGAAUUUCUUGAGUUCUCCUUGAAAUACCAACAAAUUCUUUCAGAAAGGGAUGGAGCAAUUGUUGUUCGAGAUAAACUUGAGGCAUUGUGUCGGGAGUUACAACGGCAGAACAAGAUGCUAAUGGAUGAAUGCAAAAAGGUCUCUAAAGAUGGGCAGAACUUGAGAUUGGAUCUAUCAAACAGAUUCCAAGAUGCUGUUAAGGAAAUAAACAGUAAGCUGGCAGAACAAAAAGAUGACUGUCUAUCUCAGCUGAAGGAGAAUGAGAUGUUAAAAGGAAAAUUGAAACAGCUAACUGAUCAGUACGCGCUUUCAGAGCUGCAGUAUUCUCAGAAGUUGAAACAAAAAUCCUUAGAACUCCAGAUUGCUGAUUUGAAAAUUCAGCAGCAAGAGGGGAAAUUAAUCCAAGAACAAUCUCAGAUGAAGCUAUAUGCAGAACAAAUGUCACAAUUGCUGGAAACAGAAAAGAAUCUGCGGUUACAGCUUACAGCUGAUGGUGAAAAAUUCCAGCAAUUCCAGGAUACUCUGGUAAAAAGCAAUGAGAUCUUUGAGACCUUCAAGCAAGAGAUUGAGAAGAUGAAAAAGUCAAUCAAGGAACUGAAAAAGGAAAACUCAUUUUUGAAGAGCAAGUGUGAGAAAUCUGACUAUACUCUAGUACAACUUGUUGAAGAGAGAGAGUUUCAAAAGAAACAAUUGGAGAAAACAAGAAACCAGAAGGAAGCGCUUGAAUCCUUGUGCAGGUCACUUCAAGCAGAAAGGAAGCAACAUACAGUAGAACCGAAGCCAGACACAAUAGCACCUUGAAAAUUUCUAUGCAUGUUGGACAUUACUGUUUUCUGCACAGUUAGAUAUCUGUAAUGUUAGAUUCUUCCCGUGAAUCUAAGCAUAACUUGUAAGAUAGUCAUAUGCUCUGUUUUGUUGUUUGUUUUGAAACGGUC